ACACUGAACGUAUCACAAGAAAAGUGGGAAAAAAAUAAUUACUUGUAAAAAUUGAAAAAAUAUAAAUAACCGCAUCACUGAAGGAGACUUCGGGCGAAGGAUAUGAAGGAAAACAACAAAAUCCUUCAGCUCAUCUAUGUGGCGUGGCGCGAACGCUGGUCGGACUCGCAAUGGGGCAUCAACAUAAAGAAGGUGCUGCCCAGAGGCGUCAGUGGAGAUGUCUACAAUCUGGCCGAUUGCCUCAUGCAGCAGGCGCUGAUUGGUUCCACAGCCAAUCCACUGGUACUCAACUACCUGAAGCACUCGUUGUGUGCCCACCUCGUCUCGCAUGCCGCAGUGCUCCGUUGCAUAGCCAAAUAUGAUAAGCUGGAGCGUGUCUACUGCAUCACGUCGCUGCUGGAGUUUCUAGUUAGCAUUGUGGAUGGUGUCACCUGUCGCAUCAAAGCUGAGGAGGCUGUGCUGCCGGGCGCUGUGGUGCAGUUGGUCUACUGGCUGCUCCAGAUCUUUGCCCGCACCGUCCAGCACUAUGAGCUGUACGGGGAGAUCAGUGCCGAGCAGUCGUAUAUGCUGGACCAGACCUGUGUGAUCAUCGAUCGGAUCAGCCAGCACCAGUUCAUGCUCUCCAUGCUCUAUGUGGGCUGUCACGAGGAGUUUGAGUGCUACGGCAAGAUACGCGAUAAAUAUGCGGCCAUCAAGGGAUCCCUCACCAACUCUAACUUCACCCUGAGCUCUCCGGGCGUGGAGCAGCAGCUGCAACAGUUCGCCUACAUUGAUGUCUCCCAUUUGGACUUGCAAAAGCUGAAUGUGCUGCCCGCUGAGAAGAUCUCCUACUGUGUCCAGCCGCUGCUGGCCGUGGAGGUGCUGCUGAUACCCUGCAAGGAGACCAGCUACUACGUAGCUGAGCUGCAGAUGCUGCAGCGCCUGAAGCGCUACACAAACACGCGUCUGUUCUACGAGAUUAUCAGAGCGGGCUUCCUCACCCUGAGCAAUGUGGCCGACACUAGUCCGGACACCAUGUGGGGGGCAUUUAUGUUCUUCAAGAUGCCGCACAUCAUCAAACAAUUGCAUGCCCUGCAGCGAGUGCCCGGCGAGCAGCCGCCUCCUGCUGAUUAUAUACCAGAGCUGGUGGAGGCCCUGGAGCUGCUCAUUCAGGAUAAUCUACUGCUCGACUUUAUGGACACCAAAUGCUCGUGCAACAUGAUUGAAUUCCUGCUCAACGACUGGACCAAACAGCAGCUCGUAAACGAUGUGCAUGUGAAGAAGUUUGCCAGCCAGCGAGAGGCCGCCUCGCUGCUGCUCAAAAAGUGCGACAAUGGCCAGCAAACGCCUUCCAACAUAAUCUUCAUCAAACGCGCAGAGGUUCCGCUGUCGGGCGUGCUGAAGACCUUGUGCACGAAUAAAGUGCAGGACAUGGUGAAUGUGCUGUGCCAGGUGCCGGUGGGGAACAGCUUCGAGUUGAUCCUGUCGGUGGCCACGGUGGAUGGACGCCUCAAGACAUUCGUCUCUCGGUUGAUUCAGUGCAAUGAGAACUCCAAGCCAGUGCCAGCGGAGCUGGGAAAGCUCUGUGUGACGCGCUCCACGCUGUUUGAUGUCUCCUUUCUGAUGCUAACCAGCAUCGUGCAGACUUAUGGCUCAGAUGUGGUGCUGUCCGACCGCGGGGACUCCUUCUUCGAGAAGUGGGUGAGGGAGUGCAUGGUGGAGCGCAAUAAGCUGAAGAAUCCCCGCCAGAUAUUGGCGCUCUGCGAUGACAGCAUGGUGGAUGAGCUGCUGCUCAGCCUGAGCAAGCCGGAGGCGGCCCAACUAAAGCCGUGUACGUUGAGCUGGCAGGAGACCUGUCUGAAUCUGCCCGGAGUGCUGCAUCAUGUGCUGAUUGCCUGGGAGCAGGAGACCCUCUCAUCGGCGGACGUGAAGAGCAUUCUGGACAACAUCAAGCGACGUCUGUUCAGCUUCUCCGUCUGCGCCACCAGCUUUCUGUGCGCCUACAUGUAUUCGGUGCGGGAAACGGAGCUGCUGAAGCCCCUCAACAUGAUCCAGCAGUUCCUGGCACCGCUCACCAGCGAGGAGUUGUCCAGUCAGGAAUAUGCCAAGGAGCGACUGGCACUCUCCUAUCCAAUCAUCAGAAAAAUGCAGCACGAUGUCCAUCCCGCGCCCAGCACAAAGUCCCGCCUUAUCUCUCACUCGCCGCUCAUCGAGCAGUUCCGUGAGGUGUGGAAAACCGUCGCCGAGGCGGGGCAUCUGCCCGUGCGUGCCGCCCAGACUUUGGAGUCGCUUCUCCUGGCCGGUGGAGCUGCGUGGCUGGCCACGCAGCUGGUUGAACAGCUGCUCACCUGCAAGUACAUUCGGGACAUGUCCAAAGCCAUGGACAUUGUGUUUGCCGUCAUGCAUCUGGACAUUGAGAAGAGCACCGAGGCGCUGCUACAGUAUGUGGUGCCUCCCCUGAUGCUUCGUCGCCAGGGGGAGGACAUUAAUGAGCCGCAGUCCUUGGUUCUGGCGCGACUGUGCGUCUACUGUGUCAUCUCCUGCCUGGAGACGCGCAGCGCUGCGGCCUCCUCGUCCCUGAAGAAACGUUCGCGUUCCCAUGAUGAGGAGGAGCUGGCCACCAAUGUGGCCAAGGUGCGCAAAGUCAUUGGCGAUGGCAGUGAGAAUUCCAACGACUUUACAGAUAACGCCGCUGGCUUGGCAGGCGGCCCGCGUUUGGCCUCUCCAUCCAGCACUGAGGUGCGGGCCACACCCCUGAGCCUGAAGGAGCCCCUACAGUCGAGUAUUCAGCAUAUUUUCGGUGUAUUUUUACAAUUUGUGAGCGGCGAUGAGCUGUCGCCCAAGGCCGUAUUUGUCUAUCAGUUCAUUUCGUUGCUGGUCGAGUGCGGGGGCGAGCGAGUGGCGCCCGUGCUCCGUCUGCUGCCAGCGAAUCUGGUGCAGCAACUGCUCAAGAUCCUGCCCACCGACGACAUACGAGUGGGUCUCAUCAGCAGACUCUACGACCUGCGUGUCCCGGGCGGGCGACAGGCGGCGGUGGCCGAUCUCUGUUUGUGGCGGAACAUGCAGAUGGCCAGGCACAGCAUACACCUGUGAGUAAGCAUUAGGGAGUCUACAGAGGGGGGCGAAUAAAAUGCUAAAUUGAAUAAAUAAUUGUAUUAAAGAAAAAGAAAAAUGAAUAUCGAUGACUCGACUCGACUGUGGUUUUGCUUCUUCGUGUUCUUCGUGUGCUCUCUUUUAUUACAAUAAUUUGUUGAUUCUGUUGUCCGCUGGCAUGCCAACUCAUCUGCAUCUGCUCUUCGUCCUCAUCGUUUCUAAUGCGGGGCCAGGCUUAAAUUAAAAAGACUGUUUGAUUUCCUAUAUCACUUGAGGAGGCAGCACUCGAAGUAGGUCUCGCCCACACAACCGCCGCGCAUCGCCUUCUUCACAUUGUACUCGAACUGGCGACGAUUGCUCUGCAGGACAUCGGCGGCCUCCUUGUUCAGCGGAUCCUCCGGAUUGGGUUCC